AUGUCUUCCAAUCGACGUAGAGAGUUUUCAUUGCGGCAAGACGUAAUUAUAGAAUUCUUGAUGGCUGACUACAGCGAUGAUGAGGAGGGUUUAGUCCUUGAUGAAGAGGAUCAAACUUUUUUAGAGCAAGAUAUAGACACGGGUAUUUCAACUGUUGAAAUUGAACCGGGGUCAGCAUCUCCAGAAGAGAAUAUUAUUGAAAAUCAACAGCCUAGUUCUAAUGUCCCCUAUUUCAACUGGAGAAAAAAUUCAUAUUCUCCGCAUAAUUUUUGUGAAAUGGAAGGGUAUAACUUCGGCGAGGUGCACAUUUUUGAUCAAACUUCUGAUACGGAACUGAAUCCUGUAAAAAUUUUCAAUGCGGCUACAGGCUUCGAAAAAUUAGUAGAGGAGAUUAUUGUUCGUGAAUCCAUACGCUACGCUCAUCAAAAUGGAAGAUCUUAUACGUUGACUGAUGAAGAAGCCAAAGCUUUCUUCGGCAUGAACUUUGUGAUGGGGUAUCAUUGUUUACCUACAUUCAGGAGCUAUUGGUCUACAGAUCCUGACAUGGGAGUUCCUUACAUUGCUAAUGUGAUGCCUAUAAACCGCUUUGAAGAAAUACGUACGAACUUGCAUUUUAGUGACAAUUCUAAUGAACCUAAUAGAACCGAUCCGUCUUAUGAUAGAGCAUUCAAAAUACGACCUGUUAUAGAUCAUUUCAACCAUGCUUUUCAAAGAGCUAUGGCUAACACCAAAACCCAGGCAAUAGACGAACACAUGAUCAAGUUCAAGGGGCAUAACAUAAUGAGGCAAUACGUAAAAAAUAAACCAAUAAAAUGGGGGUUCAAGAUGUGGUGUAGGGCAUGCUCUUCCACUGGCUAUUUAUUUCAGUUUGAUUUGUAUACUGGGAAGAAAAGAGGUGGCACUGAAACGGGAUUGGGUGAAUCGGUUGUCUUGCAAUUGUCUGAAAGCUUACAGGGCAUAGGGUGUGAAAUAUACUUUGAUAAUUUUUUCAAUUCUCCUAAUCUUCAGUAUACACUGAUGAGUAAGAAUAUAAAAGCGUGUGGAACAGUGCGCUCAAACAGGAAAAAUGUACCGAAAAAUAUGCCAACAGAUAAAAAUAUGAAUCGUGGAGAUAUUUUUGCAGCCAGCAGCAAUGGAAUAUCUUUCAUAAAAUGGAUGGAUAACAAAGCCGUGUUUCUGCUAACAAAUUUUUUAUCACCCACACCUACGACGAUAGUCAAGAAGCGUGUUUCUGGUAGUGCUGAAAAGGUGAAUGUAAUUUGCCCUGAAGCUAUAAUAAAAUAUAAUAAACAUAUGAGAGGGGUCGAUCUGAUGGACCAGAAAAAAGUAUACUAUGAAGUGGAUCGAAAAGCAAAAAUAAAAUACUACCUAAGGUUGUUUUUUGACUUACUAGAUAUUGCGAUGAAUAAUUCAUAUGUGAUUUAUUGCAAGCUGCAUGAAGCAAAACGUAUUGAAGGAACUCUGCUUACGAGCCUAGAAUUUCGCCAAGUAGUAGCUCGGUCACUUAUUGGUAGCUUUUCGUCUCGACAAGGAUCUUUGUCGUCAGUUGUUAUGACGAAAAAGCAAAUUUCUUAUACACAGAAGCGCGGUACACCUUCACACGUAAUGGUAAAAGUAAGUAAAAGAAAAAGAUGCGUACAGUGUGCUAAAAGCCGUAUAGAGAAUCGCACAAAUAACACUUGCUCUACAUGCAACGUUCAUUUAUGUUUUACUACAGACCGCAACUGCUUUGUAGAGUACCACUAA